AUGGUUCCGUUUGGGACCCAACCAUUUCGAGCGGUUGCAGAGCAGCGCAAUGACCGAGAUACUGCUGAAAGCGAUGAGCUAAGAGAAGGUUCACAUGAUAAAUUACAUAGCACUGAAGGUCCAGUACGACAGAAUUUGAUGAGCUUGUUGUCAGGAAAGCAAAAUACGAAGAAACAUAGUAAAGUGAAGAAGUUGAGGUUGGAAACCGAAACAGAGACGGAAACAGAAAUGGAUUUUGAUACAGUAAUAGACCCGGAUUUGGUUUCGGAGGACAGCUGCUUGCAAUUGAAAGACGAAUAUGAUGUGAUGGAACUUGAAAAGAAAAUAUUUGCUUCUAACAAUCACAAAUCGGUGUCAGUGAAGGAUUUCUUGAGCUCUAAAAGAACUACCAAGGAAGCUGCAGAGAAUGUAGAAAGUGGAAUUGUUAGUGAGAAAGUUCAAAUUUUACAGGACAUAGAUCCUGACGUGAUUGAGAUUGAGAGUGAUAAGGAAUUAUCUAGUAGAGAGUUGGAAGAGAAAAUCUACGGCGGAGCGAACGCUAAGAGGACUUCGGCCAAGGACUUGUUCAAGUCAUUGAGAAAUCCUAAAGAGAGUACUAACUUCUCAAAGAAGCCAUCAUCUGAAGGUACUAAGCUGGUUAGCGCUUUGUCUCUCUUGCAAGGAAUUCCAAACAAGAAGAAGGAGAAAAAAUCACAUUUUAUAACCUUGAGCAUACCAUCUGAGUCAUUAAAAGAGAUUCAGAGGAGUACGGAUGACCCAUUUUUCACGAAGGGAUCGACAUUUGCUGCUCAAUCAACCACUGUCAAUAUCCCAAGUGGAGUUGGGUCUAAGAAUGCAUUUCAAUCAAUGAUGGCCCACUCAAUGGCCAAUACACCGAAGUUGACUCCUUUACAGAAAUUAAAGGUAUUGGAGCCUCCCACUUUGGAGCGGAAUCAUUUCUUUGUGGUUCCAUGUAGCGAAAAGUAUGCAACUAAUCAUGAAUUCACUUCGUUGAAACCUAAAACAAAACUUCAUGCGGUGGAAAACUUUGGUGAAGAAUCUUUUGUCUACUCAUGUAAUAAUAAUGAUACCGUUCCCGAAGCUAAAUUAGUGUAUUCAGGAGUCAACCAGAUGACUCAAGAAGAAAUAUUGACUAGAAUACCCGAUCUCAUUCGAACACCGGCAUUGAGUAGAAUAUAUAGUACAUUCAUUCAGCCAAAUAAUGGUAACAGUUCAACAAAUCAGACAACUCAGUUGUGGACCGAAUAUUUCAGACCAAUAGAAACGAGUCACUUAAUGUUACACGUCGACAAGACUACACAACUUAAGAAUUGGAUCGUAAACGCAUUUAAUAGACUUAAAACACAAACAUUGGCGACCCCAAGGAAUGUACAAAUCAAAAAGAAAAAGAGGCAACAAUUGUUGCGUGGUUCUACCUUUUUGGAUAACUUCGUGGUGCCUGAUGAUGAAGAAACAGACGAAGAGACUGAAGAAGAAGUCUUUGUUCCUGUAUUGAUCAUACAAGGUUCUUCAGGAAUGGGUAAGUCGGCUUCAGUGUAUGCAGCACUCGAUGAAACACGAGGCUACGUGUAUGAGGUGAAUUCAGGCCAAUCAAGAAGUAGACGAGAUUUAUACUCUACUUUGAAAGAGUUUUGUACCACACAAUUGGUCCACCUGAAUCACGGAACUGAGGCAAAAAGUAAUAAGGAGUUCCAAAAAGGAAUCAUUCUAUUUGAAGAUACUGAUGUGCUAUUUGAACAAGAUAGAACGUUUUGGACAGUAGUUCAGGACAUGAUCAACAUAUCAAGAAGACCUAUUAUAAUAACGUGCAGUGAUACUUCAAACAUACCAAAAAGUAUCAUUGACCAUGCCAAAGAAGAUAAUGCGAUACUAAAUAUAGACAGCGAAGUCAACUUUCAAACGAGGGCCGAACUAAUGAAUUAUCUAUGGCUAUGCUCAUACAGUCAAGGGUAUGAUGUUUCAAAUGGUGUACUAAACAGAUUGAUCAAACGAUCGGAAAAUGCUCAGGAUAGCAAGGGGUUUGAUUUGAGAAGGUGUUUAUUGGAACUUCAGACUAUUUGCAACUGUAAGGACUUCGGCUCUGGUAUGAUACAUAUUACCGAGAUAAAAGAGGUAAAAGAUUCACACCAAACUUGUGAUGAUGGCGAGUUGGACAUUGAAACUUUAUCUAAUAAAUUAGAUUUGUUAUCUUCGUCUGAUGUCAUUUCAUCUAGCUCUACGUCCCAGAUUAAAUCACACUUACAGGAAAACGAAAUCUUGGAUUUCUACAUUAUAGACGAAAGUAAAUUAGUAAGACAGAAGACUUUACCAUUUGAAUUAAAUAUAGGAAGUUCUUUAGGCAAUACCAUACAUAAAGAUGAAGGCCACGAUACGGUGUUUGAACUACUACCAAAGAGAACAUUCAAUGACAUUCGCAAAUCGGUGACAUUAUUCAACGGUUCAAGAUCGAAGAAGCUACCCAAAUUUUUACUUGAAAGUCAUUUUGCAUAUACACGAAGAGCUACUCGUUCAUUUAACAACAAUAGUUCAUUUGAUGAUGGCACCUCCUCUGGUAAUGGGUCACAGUCACCAAUGAGUGAAGGAUUAUCCACACCGGAAUGGAGACCAGAUACCGUGGGCAUUCCAGACGGAUCCAUCUGCAAAUACUUGAGUGUCACCCCGUAUAUACUAGAGUUAGCCCCUAUCGGUAGAAACUGGGCAACAUUCCAGGCAUCACUAGAUAUCAAAGAGAUCGAAACCCUAGCCCAGCAUAAUGUCAGCGUGAAGAAAUUUAUAGGAUGGCGCCAAUUCCAGAGUGACACUAACGAUAUUAUAAACACUUUUAGGUUGGCUUUAUAG